CUGAAUCGGACUCAGCGUCACUAGUGACUUACUCACACUCACUUUCCCUGUGCAACAGAACGAACCAACCAGAAACUUCACCCUCCUGCUCUCGUUUAACUUCCAACUUAAACCCUAGCUCUCUCUCUCUCUCUCUCUCGCAACCAUGGCAGCUAUGCUGCAACCGCAGAUCAUACUGCUGAAGGAAGGUACAGACACGUCUCAGGGGAAGGCUCAGCUAGUCAGCAACAUCAACGCCUGCACCGCCGUCGCCGACGUCGUCAGGUCCACCCUCGGCCCACGCGGCAUGGACAAGCUCAUUCACGACGACAAGGGAUCCGUCACCAUCUCCAACGACGGCGCCACCAUCAUGAAGCUUCUUGACAUCGUCCACCCUGCCGCCAAGAUCCUCGUCGACAUCGCCAAGUCACAGGACUCCGAGGUUGGUGAUGGAACCACCACUGUGGUUUUGCUUGCUGCUGAGUUUUUGAAGGAGGCCAAGCCCUUCAUUGAAGACGGUGUUCACUCUCAGAAUUUGAUUAGGAGCUAUAGGACUGCAUGCACAUUGGCGAUUGAGAAGAUUAAAGAGCUGGCGGUUAGCAUAGAGGGUAAAAGUUUGGAAGAGAAGAAAAGCUUGCUUGCAAAGUGUGCUUCUACCACGCUCUCUUCGAAACUUAUUGGUGGAGAGAAAGAAUUCUUUGCAUCGAUGGUUGUGGAUGCUGUUAUUGCAAUUGGAAAUGAUGAUAGAUUGAACAUGAUUGGAAUCAAGAAGGUUCCCGGUGGUAACAUGCGGGACUCAUUUCUAGUAAAUGGUGUUGCCUUCAAAAAGACAUUUUCAUAUGCUGGGUUUGAGCAACAGCCAAAGAAGUUUCUCAAUCCAAAGAUACUACUGCUAAACGUUGAAUUGGAGCUAAAAUCGGAGAAAGAAAAUGCUGAAAUCAGAUUAUCUGAUCCAUCACAAUAUCAAUCAAUUGUUGACGCCGAAUGGAAUAUUAUUUAUGACAAAUUGGAUAAAUGUGUCAACAGUGGUGCAAAAGUAGUUCUUUCACGAUUGGCUAUUGGUGAUCUUGCUACACAGUAUUUUGCAGAUCGAGACAUUUUCUGUGCUGGUCGUGUAGCAGAAGAAGAUUUAAAAAGGGUUGCUGCUGCAACUGGUGGAACUGUACAAACAUCUGUCAAUAACAUCAUUGAUGAGGUACUUGGAACUUGUGAGGUUUUUGAGGAGAAGCAGGUUGGAAAUGAAAGGUUCAACAUAUUCAAUGGAUGUCCAUCUGGACAAACAGCCACCAUAGUUCUUCGUGGAGGAGCUGAUCAGUUCAUAGAGGAAGCAGAGCGAAGUUUGCAUGAUGCAAUCAUGAUUGUUCGGAGGGCUUUGAAAAACUCAACUGUAGUUGCUGGUGGAGGUGCUAUAGAUAUGGAGAUAAGUCGAUACCUGAGGCAACAUGCACGAACAAUAGCAGGAAAGUCUCAGCUUUUCAUUAACUCAUAUGCAAAAGCUCUAGAGGUUAUACCCAGACAAUUAUGUGACAAUGCUGGGUUUGAUGCGACUGAUGUGCUGAACAAACUAAGACAGAAACAUGCACUUCCAUCUGGUGAGGGAGCACCAUAUGGAGUGGAUAUAAGCACUGGUGGAAUUGCUAACUCAUUUACUAACUUUGUCUGGGAGCCUGCAAUUGUCAAGAUUAAUGCUAUAAAUGCUGCUACAGAAGCCGCAUGCUUAAUACUAAGUGUGGAUGAAACAGUUAAAAACCCCAAGUCUGAGAGUGCACAAGGAGAUGCUGCCGCAAGUGCUAUGGGCGGUAGAGGUCGUGGAGGUGCCUUCCGCGGCCGUGGCCGUGGACGAGGAAUGCGAAGAUGAUGAGAAAUGUGGUAUAAUGGGUUGGCUUUUAUCUUAGUUAAUUUGUAUGUUUGUCUAAUACAUGGAAGGCCAGUGCAUAUUUAUAUCUGCUAGUUGAUACUGCUAGAAGCAUGCCUUAUUUUUUGGAUCUACAAAUGAUGAUAUGAAAUUGUAAUGCGGUAUAUGGGAUCAUCAUCAGAGUGGGAUUUGAUGGUAACAAUUUUCAAGAAUUUU